AUGACCAGGCUUGCUAAAGCAACAAAGGAAAUACCAGAUCUAGACCCAGCAGUCCACUUACAUGUCCUUAAGGCCGGCUUCUGGCCCAAAAAGUUUCGAGAAACAAUUGUGGUAACUAAGCCGAAGACACUGGAAGAGUUCCGGGAAAAAGCGGCUGGACAGAUGGAGAUCGAAGAGCUACGCGAGGCUGAGAGGACGGAAAGAAAACCCAGAAAAGAGGAAGACAAAUCUCUAAGAUCGCCAAAUAAUAAAGAGCCGAAGAAGCCAUUCAGGCUCACCCCAAAAUUCGACAACUACACCAGAUUCAACACCAAAAGAGAGAAAAUAAUCAAAGAAAUCCUUAAUGCUAAAAUUAUAAAGCCUUCAGCCCGAGCCGGAAGUUACCAGGAUCAACGAUUUGUCGAUAAAAGUAAACAUUGUGCUUUCCAUCAGAAAUAUGGACACACAACGGAUGAAUGCGUGAUUGCCAAAGACUUACUGGAAAGAUUAGCCCGGCAAGGCCUCCUGGACAAGUAUAUGGAAGGAAGGAGAAACAAGGAAAGUUCCCAAGACCGAGAAGAACGUCAACAAACCUCGGAAGGAAAAAAUGACAAUAGGUGGUCCAACCCUAAUCCGCCAAAAGGAGUUAUCAAUUGUAUAUCUGGGGGAUUUUCCGGGGGUGGCAAAACAAGAUCGGCGCGCAAACGAAGCUACUGA